AUGAGUGCAUCAACCAACCCAUCCCCUAUCCGCGCUCUCAUCCCGAGCCUUUAUAUAGGCAGGCAUACUCCAGGACCUUUGAAUUCCAUAACCGAUGUACCUGGUGUUCUCGUGCACACUGAGUCUGUCAACAAAAAACCAUCAGAAACCGAGCGUGGACACGCCAUCAACACCGGGGUCACUACUAUUCUCCCCCGGCGCGAUUGGUUUGACAAUGCCUGUUAUGCAGGGUACUUCCGAUUCAAUGGCAGCGGCGAAAUGACCGGCUCCCAUUGGCUCGACGAAACCGGUCUUCUCAAUUCGCCCAUUGUGCUCACAAACUCGUUUUCGGUUGGCCCUUGCUAUAGCGGAAUUUAUCAAUAUGCUAUUCGUGAAUAUGCCAAGAAUGGUAAACCGGCGGAUUGGUUUCUUUUGCCUGUUGUUGCUGAAACUUGCGAUUUAUAUUUGAAUGAUAUUGCGGCUAUGGCUGUUACUCCUGAGAUGGUAGUUCGGGGGAUUGAAAACGCAUCUAGUGCCAGAGUUCGGGAGGGGAACACUGGUGGAGGAACUGGCAUGAUCUGCCAAGGAUUCAAGGCUGGUACUGGUAGCGCAAGUCGCUUAAUCGAGGGUAUCGAAUUUGGUGAAAAGAAGACGUACACGGUCGCGGCUUUGAUUCAGGCGAAUUUCGGUGCCAAACGAGACUUGCGUUUUGGUGGUGUUCCUGUCGGCAGAAUCAUGAUGGAACGAGAGCAAGCCGAAAACCCAUCAGCUACGAAUCAGGGUACGACUGACGACGAAGAAAAAAGACUGGCUUCAAAAGACGGCAGUAUUAUUGUCGUUCUUGCUACGGAUGCCCCUUUGCAUCCUGUCCAACUUCAACGCCUUGCUAAASGAGCCACUGUGGGUGUGUCACGAGUCGGCGGCUGGGGCUCAAAUUCCUCUGGGGAUUUGUUUCUCGCGUUUAGCACUGCUGAAAAGAUUCCGAGAAGUCCUUCGUUCUCUUGGAAGCCGACUAUAGAGCAGACCGUGAGCGUUGUGCAGGAUGUCACUAUCAAUGCGUUAUUUGAAGCGGCUGCAGAUAGUACAGAAGAGGCCAUUUAUAAUGCUUUGGUAGCGGCAGAGACUAUGGAGGGGCCGUUGGGAGUAUCCAAAGCCAUUGAUCACCAAGAGCUGAAGGAGAUAGUCGAGAAGUAUAUAUGA